AUGGCCUCACAAGUCUUGGUUUAUCCACCAUAUGUUUAUCAAACCCAGUCAAGUGCCUUUUGUAGUGUGAAGAAACUCAAACUAGAACCAAGCAGUUGUGUGUACCACGAAAGAACCUACCCGCAAAUCUAUGUGAAUGGUAAAAACUUUGGAAUUUCUCCCCACAGGGUUAGUACGUACUUUCAGACUAAAAACCCAUUUGACAGACCUCGAGGACAGAACUUUUUGUUGCAGUCAAAUGCUGUUGCUUUAAAAAAUACUGCAGGUGCUACAAAAGCAUUAGCGGCGCGGGCGCAGCAAGCUCAGUUAGAGGCACCGCAGACUGGGGCCCAAGGAAGCCAAUCAGAUAUUGUGGAAGGAUCCCAGCGAUGUGGAUUGAAGCGUAAGAGUGAAGAGUUGGAUAAUCAAAACGGCACAAUGCAGAUUGUUGAUGACCUGUCCAUCCUGCCUGCAAUGUUACAAACCAACGUAGGAAACCCAAUGACAGUUGUGACAACAGCUGCAACUUCAAAACAAAGUGGUACAAGUGGAGAUGGAGAUUACCAGUUAGUACAGCAUGAGGUAUUGUGCUCCGUGAAAAACACUUACGAGGUUCUUGAUUUCCUUGGGCGAGGGACCUUUGGACAAGUAGUGAAGUGCUGGAAAAGGGGGACAAAUGAGAUUGUGGCAAUCAAAAUCUUGAAGAAUCAUCCUUCAUAUGCACGCCAAGGACAAAUAGAAGUGAGCAUAUUAGCGAGACUGAGUACUGAAAAUGCUGAUGAAUUUAACUUUGUGAGAGCCUACGAAUGCUUUCAGCAUCGUAACCAUACUUGUCUUGUUUUUGAGAUGCUGGAACAGAAUUUGUAUGACUUCCUGAAACAAAACAAAUUCAGCCCUCUGCAACUGAAAGUAAUACGGCCUAUUCUGCAACAGGUGGCCACUGCACUGAAAAAACUAAAAAGUCUGGGUUUAAUCCAUGCUGACCUCAAACCAGAGAACAUUAUGUUGGUGGAUCCUGUUCGGCAGCCUUACCGGGUUAAAGUAAUAGAUUUUGGGUCUGCCAGCCAUGUAUCAAAGACUAUUUGUUCAACCUAUUUACAAUCUCGGUAUUACAGAGCACCAGAGAUCAUACUGGGAUUGCCGUUUUGUGAAGCCAUAGACAUGUGGUCGUUAGGGUGUGUGAUUGCAGAGCUGUUUCUUGGAUGGCCACUGUACCCAGGAGCACUGGAAUAUGACCAGAUUCGUUACAUUUCACAGACUCAAGGGUUGCCAGGAGAGCAGUUAUUAAGCAUGGGAACAAAAACUGCAAGAUUUUUCUGUAGAGAAACGGAUGCACCAUAUUCUAGUUGGAGAUUAAAGACAUUGGAAGAGCAUGAGGCAGAGACAGGUAUGAAGUCUAAAGAGGCCAGAAAGUAUAUUUUCAACAGUUUGGAUGAUAUAGUGCAUGUGAACAUGGUGAUGGACUUGGAAGGAAGUGACCUGUUGGCAGAGAAAGCAGAUAGGAGGGAGUUUGUCAGUCUGUUGAAGAAAAUGUUGCUCAUUGACGCUGAUUUAAGAAUCACUCCAGCUGAGACCCUUAACCAUUCUUUUGUCACCAUGAAGCACCUCCUUGAUUUUUCUCAUAGCAACCAAGUGAAGUCCUGUUUUCAUAUCAUGGAUAUUUGCAAAUGCAGGUCAAAUUCUUACGAGUUAACUAAUCGCAAUAAAACGUCACUUAUGAGACCUGUUGCCUCAGGCAGUGCAGCUAAUUUGACUGCAGGCUUUACCAAAAUUGGUCCAGUAAGAAGUCAGGCAUUAACUGCAUCUGCCCAUUCAAUUUUGCACCAAGGGAUUCCACUGCAGGCAGGAACUGCUCAGUUUGGUUGCAGUGAUGUUUUCCAACAGGCAUUGAUUAUAUGUCCUCCAGCUAUUCAAGGAAUUCCUACAAACCAUAGUAAGCCUACCAGUUUCUCCCUGAGAGUGGACAAUGCAGUUCCAUUGAUGACCCAAGCCCACGCAAUUCAGCCCCUACAGAUCCAAGCAGGACUCCUUUCUCAGACGUGGUCGAAUCCCACCCAUCAGAUACUGGUUCCUGCAUGGCAGCAAGUAGCACCGGUGGCAGCUCCUGCUACAUCUCUGGCCUCUGAUCCUGUGGCUGGCCCACAGAGGCUUGGAGACUGGGGGAAGAUGAUUACCCAGGGCACCCAUUACAAUUCAAUGAUACCACAGCCUCUUUUAACACAUCAGAUAACCUUGUCUGCCCCUCAGCCAAUUAGUGUGGGCAUUGCACAUGUUGUGUGGCCUCAGCCUGCAGCUACCAAGAGGAACAAACUGUGUCAGAACAGGAGCAAUGUGUUACAAAAUACCAAUAUCCAAAAUUCAGCCUUUAUAUCUCCAAAGAUACUUAACCUGAAGGCUGUAAAGAGAAUAAGUUGUAUAGAAGCACAGGACAAUCAUAACUCAGAAGGACAGGAAAGUAACUGUUGUGAAGCAUCGGUCAGGCUGGACCCUGAUUCAUCUCUUUCAACCAAACAGCGCCAGGCUAUCUUCAUCACCAGUUCCCCCAGCCCAGCAGUCAGCGUGAUCACCAUCAGCAGUGACACGGAUGAAGACGACGUAGGGCGAACACAUUCACUCAGAGAGUGUAAAGGUAGCCUUGACUGUGAAGCCUGCCAGAACACCCUGAACAUUGACCGUGUGUGUUCUCUUAGCAGUCCUGAUAGCACUCUGAGUACUAGCUCCUCAGGACAGUCUAGUCCAUCUCCUUGCAAGAGAUCCAACAGUAUGUCAGAUGAUGAACAGGAAAGUGGAUGUGAUACAGUGGAUGGUUCCCCAACUUCAGACUCUUCAGGACAUGACAGCCCAUUUGUGGAAAAUGGUUUUGUAGCUAAUACCAAUAAUAAUAAGGAAGCAGGAGCAUCAGUUAAUCCUGAAACCAAAUCAGCUGUUUGCACAGUGGUGGUGCCACCGAUGAGACUUGAGAACAGGUUACAGCUUAAUGAACAUAUGGUGAAUACAGAUGCUAUGAGCCAGCCACUGAAGAAGGGUCGGUCUGUCCUGGGAAGAAUAAACCAGUCUUCUGUUGUAGGAAACCGUCAGCAAAAACUGACAUCAGCAUUCCAUCAGCAGCAUAUCAACUUCAGUCAGGUUCAGCACUUUGGAUCUGGGCCGCAGGAGUGGAACGGAAACUAUGCUCCUCGGAGGCAGCAGGCUUACAUCCCAGCCAGCGUGGCUGGUCACGCUUUCUCCCUUCCACAGGGAAGCCCAAGCCACACUACGGUGCACACGCACCUCUCUGGCAGUACCCACCUUGGAGGGCAACCUGCUAUCCUUCCCUACCCGACGUCAGCACCCCUUAGUACUGCUGCACCUGUCGCCCACCUCCUUGCCUCACCAUGUACCUCAAGACCCUUGCUGCAGCAUCCAACGUACAGUAUAUCUCAUCCCAGUGGUAUAGUGCACCAAGUUCCAGUUGGCAUAAAUCCCCGUCUCCUACCUUCCCCAACCAUUCAUCAGACUCAGUACAAACCAAUUUUUCCACCACACUCGUACAUCACAGCAUCGCCUGCUUACACAGGAUUUCCACUGAGUCCGACAAAACUCAGCCAGUAUCCAUUUAUGUGAGAACUCAAAUCCAGUAUAUUGAGGAAGCUCAAUGAUGCAGAAGUUUG